AACCGCCGGUGGAGGUGCCGAGGCUCGCUCGCUCGCGGGCGGGGCCGAGAAAGAGAUUCGAGUGGGAGGAGGCGGGGCGAGCAGAGGGGCAGGAGUGUCCGGAGUUCAAGAGGGCCGGAAUGGAUGCCUUAAAGCUCACAGACGAUGACACCGGGCGAUCGGCCCAUCUCUUGUGGACGACGCGAUGGAUCAGGUGCACAACGAUGCCGUAGAGCCUCGUGAUCCCGGACGUUCCCAGUCGCUCGGCUGGGCCCUGCGCUCGCGCUCUGCGAUUCUGAUUCUCGCCCCGGCGCGAGCAGGUCCCCAUCAUUCGCCCUCGCCCUCGCCCUCGCCCGCUCUUGCUCUUGCUCCGCCAAAGCAUGGAAUUGCUCUCCGCCGCUGCCAGCCGUGGAGAGAUCUCGUCGAUAGAAAAGAACCCGAAAUCUCCUGAUGCCUCCCCCUCGCUCUCCGCGGGGCCAUCCCGCCCUCUCUAGCCCCGCGAGCUGACAGAGAGAGAUCUGCGCAAAGUCAACCGACGCCCUCGUCGUCCUCGUCGAAGAAGAGCACCUGCGGAGGUCAUGAGGCGAGGGAAGAGGAGGGCGCGAGGGUGACAGUUUCGAGCCAGGCAGGAGCGAGAAGAUUGAGGGCGAGGGGGAUCGGGAGGGAGCCGAGUGGGAUCCAUGCAUCCCUACAGACGGUUGCGAGUGGCGAUGGCGUCGGCGCCGGGGACGGCCGCGUGCGCGGCGUGCCGGGUGCUUCGGAGGAAGUGCACAGCGCAGUGUCUGUUUGCGCCAUACUUUCCGCCUGAUCAGCCUCAGAAGUUCGCUCACGUGCACAAGGUGUUCGGGGUGGCCAAUGUGACCAAGAUGCUGCACGAGCUGCCUCCGCCGCACCGCGAGGACUGCGUCAACUCGCUGGCGUACGAGGCCGAUGCGCGAGUGCAAGAUCCCGUGUACGGGUGCGUGGGCGCCAUCUCCGUGCUGCAGCAGCAGGUGGCGCAUCUGCAAGCUCAGCUGUCGCUCGCCACCUCGGAGAUCGCCCGACUCCGAGAAACCUUCGCCAUCGCUGCUGCGGCGUCCACUCAUAACAACUCCGCCGUUUCCAACACCAACAACAACACCAACAACAGCGGCAACAACAACUCCUCCGCGAAUGGCAACGGAGCUGUCACUGCCGCCGGAGGCGCUCUCUUCAUGGCCGCCUUGCAGCCCUCGCUUCGAUCCUCUCCCCCUCACUGUUCUCACUCCACCAUCGGCAACUCCACCUUAGACUCAGAUCAGGAACCGUGCCAAGACCUGCUUCACCGUCCGUCCAACAAUUCUAGCUUCAACACUAACAUCAGUAAGGGUGGCCACAAUGACACUGAUACAAAUCUUGCUCCUGCCUCAAGGCCAUCAUAACUUCCCGCAUUGAUCCGUGUGUCAAGCAUCUCUCACACACAGCAGUUUUGAUCGAUGGAAAUCUGGAAUGGGAUCCCCUUCUUAUUCCACGAUUUGAUUUUGUGUCCCUGCCUUCGACGUACGAAAUUCAUCACUCUGGAAUACGGAAGGAAGAUGCAAACAGCUUACUGGAUUGAGAUUACAUGCAGGCCAGUUGAUCCUCUGACAGUGGACUGAAGCCAAAGGAGCAGUUUACUUGAAGACAUUGAAUUGGAUCUGGCUCAUGCCUACGAUUGUCAGUAUGUUUAUCCCUGACUCUAAAAUUACUUCAGGAUUUUCUUUAACUUGAAAAUCUACUCUUGCAGCAACCGUUCAGUGUAGCUCCGAUCUGAUACCCACCUGUAAGUCACGCACUUACACACCCGAGUCUUCCAAACUAGUUCCCGGUGGAGAUUACUGACCUUUCUCUAUAAAUUACGAGCCCUGCA